CUUCAGUAUUGUUUGAAGUCUAAUUGCUCUGCAAAACUCCUCUGUCAGAAGGCUUGGAACGGAGUAGGAAUAAAGUUGGAAGCGCGUUGUACGUCCAGUGGUCCCUAAAUAAAAGACCACUGCUCCAUGUCAUUCAAACCCGACGGAGUCUAUUAAAAGUAUCAUCUUGCCCGGACUUUAACUUCGCCUAUUUAUGAAACCCCCGGGCUUCUCGUUUCCAAGUGCACAGUAUCUGUAAAAAUAACUGUAUAAAUAAAUAAUACCGAAAGAGAAACAUGGGAUUUUCACAGGGGCUUCUCGUCGUGUUGAUGUCCAUCCACCUAGGAGCCUCGCAGCAUUUCCUCCGGCUCCGACCCUCUCCCAGUGACACCCUCCCUGUCCCCGACCUCAUCGAGCACCCGGACCCGGAGUACGACCCCCGCGAGCAGGACCUCGCCGAGAGGACUCUGAGGAAAAAACUGGGGAGUAACUUUGACCCCAACUUCAUGUCCAUCGGCGCUCCCGUGCUGAUGAACCUGUCCGUGCAAGACGCGCAGCUCAGGGUCCCUGGACCCAUGCCCAACGAUAUCAAAAAGCUGGACCUUUCCGAAACCCCCUACGGGAGGCGGGUGAAAAUAGGCAAAAAGGCGCGCAGGAAAUUCUUGCAGUGGCUGUGGACGUACACCCACUGCCCGGUGGUAUACACCUGGAAGGACCUGGGUGUGAGGUUCUGGCCGCGCUAUAUCAAGGAAGGUAACUGUUUCAGCGAGCGGUCGUGCUCCUUCCCAGAAGGGAUGUUUUGCAAGCCAGUCAAGUCAAUCACCAAGACGUUCCUCAGGUGGUAUUGCCAGGGAUUUUUAAAACAGAAGUAUUGUACGUGGAUACCUGUACAGUACCCAGUCAUCUCGGAAUGCAAGUGUUCAUGCUGAGUUUCCCUGAAACUGGGGAGCGGGAGAAGACUGGAAAUAUACGGUUUCUAUUGCACUGUAAACUUUCAGAACAGAGAUGGGCUAUUGUGUUAUUUUGAAGGGCACUAUAGCGAAAUCUAUUUUUAUAUAUAGCAUUUUAAUUAAAAUAUACCAACAUUGUACAUAUUUAAAAAAAUUUUAAAAUGCAGCUAUUUUUUUUAAUGAACAGGACCAUAUUUUAUUUGAGCCCAUAUUUGUUGGGGGAACCUAAGCACUUCAAACGGAAGAGCUUUUUUUUAUUUUUUAUGACAAAUUGAAGACGGAAUUAAUAAGCUUCUCCAAGAAGUUACUUUUUUUUUCAACAGAACAAUAAUGCUGACUGAACCUUCACUGCAAGAUGCUGCCUAGAUUUUUUUUGUAUAAUAUUAAUAUUAAUAAUUAAAAGAAGUUGAGGAUAAAAAUAUAAUGGAGUGAACUCAGCUUUGGAAUACAUAUAGUAUUGUAGAAAAAAAGUUAAAACAAAUCUGUACAAUUUAUUUAUUAUUUUAACGAUUGUGAGUAUAGAAAAUAAAGAAAAAAUAGAGUAUACCAGUAAUUAUGGGAGAUGUCUACUUGAAUAUUUCUAAAAAAGAAAACAUAUCAGUGUAAAUAUAAUGGUUACACGUUUUUAGCAAUAAAGUCUAUCUUUUAAAUGUUAA